CAUUCCACACUCUCUUCAACACAAUAAGCUUCAAAAAACCCCCCCAAAUUAUGAAUGCAACACUCUCCGGGGCGGCGAUGUCGCCAUCGGCCGCCCCUCAGCGUGCAGCGAUCCCCGGCAGCUACGGCUGGCCGGUGAUCGGGCCGCUGUCGGACCGCCUGCAGUACUUCUGGCUGCAGGGGCCGCAGAAGUUCUUCGCGAACCGGAUGGAGAAGUACGAGAGCACGGUGUUCCGUACGAACGUCCCGCCGGCGUUCCCGUUCUUCCUCGGGGUAAACCCGAACGUGGUGGCGGUGCUCGACGUGAAGUCGUUCCGCCACCUCUUCGACUCGGAGCUCGUCGACAAGACGAACAUCCUCGUCGGAGAUUUCAUGCCGAGUGUUAAGUACACCGGAGGAAUUAGGGUUUGUGCUUAUCUUGAUCCCACAGAAGCUAAACAUAACCAAAUUAAAUCCUUCGCCAUAGACAUCUUAAAACGGAGCUCGAGCAAAUGGGUUUCGUCCAUGGUCACCACGCUCGACGCCACGUGGGAUUCCCUCGAGUCCCAGCUCGCUGCCGCCGGAGACGGCGGCUCAGCCAGCUACAUCCUCCCUCUCCAAGAAUUCCUCUUCGCAUUCCUCAGCCUCACCCUCCUCGGGGCCGACGCCUCCGCCUUCCCGGAUAUCAAGAAAUGCGGCCACAUAUAUCUCGACCUCUGGCUCGGAGUGCAGCUCCUUCCAACGAUACCCAUCAACGUCGUGCAGCCCCUCGAGGAGAUCUUCCUCCACUCCUUCUCCUACCCCUUCUGGCUCGUCAAAUCCAGCUACGAGAAGCUCACGAGGUUCGUCGAGAACGGAGCCGCGGAGACCGUCGCCCGAGCGCAGACGGACUUCAACCUCACAAAGGAGGAAGCCAUCCACAACCUCCUCUUCACGCUCGGGUUCAACGCGUUCGGAGGGUUCACCCUCUUCUUCCUCUCGCUCCUCAGCAGGCUCGGCGAUAAUCCGGGCCUGCACGAGGAGCUGAGGAGGGAGGUGCGGGAGAAGCUCUCGAACAACGUCCUUAGCUUCGAGACGGUGAAGGAGAUGGACCUGGUGAAUUCGUUCGUGUACGAGACACUAAGAUUGGACCCGCCGGUUCCACAGCAGUUCGGCCGAGCCCGAAAGGACUUCGACCUCACCUCACACAACACGGUGUACGAGAUCAAGAAAGGAGAGCUGCUGUGUGGCUACCAGCCACUAGUGAUGAGGGAUCCCGAGAUAUUCGAGAAUCCAGAGGACUUCGUGUACAACAGAUUCUCGAAGAAAAACGGUGGCAACAAGUUGCUGGAAUACCUGUUCUGGUCGAAUGGGCCGCAGACGGGGACUCCGGGCCCAUCGGCCUCCAACAAGCAGUGUGCAGCCAAGGACGCCGUGCCUCAAACUGCUGCUGUGUUUCUGGCUUACCUGUUUCAGAGAUAUGAUGAGAUCUCCAUUUCUUCUGGCUCCAUCACUGCUCUCAAAAGGGCAAAGUGAUGGCCGUAAACGAUGCUGUAUCAUAAUACAGUACAACGUCUGUAUACAUCGACGUUUGUCAAUGUAUAAAAUAAACAUGGAAGAACAAUAUGUUUACCUGUUCAAGUUAUCAACCUUAAAAUAGCACAAUGAUGAUUCUUUCCUA